CGUUGGGUCCCCCUUUGGCUCGGGUUCCCUGCCCCUCCCCCUUCCCCGAGCCCCGAGGGGCCGGAGCUCCUGGCGGUGCCGGAUCCUGACGGUGGCCUUCCCCCGGGUCUGUAAGUGCGGAGGCGGCCGGAGCGCCGGGUAGGGGUACAAGGUCUCUCAAAAUCGAGCCCCCUUGGGGCCAUGGAUUGGCCGGGACCUGCACCGGGAUGGGGGCCGAGGGGCUGGCCUAGGCUUGGGGGUGCUUACGGAGCCCUUGGCCCGGCCCCUGCUAUGCCCCGCCCCUUUCCCUCCCCUGAGUCUGGAGUGGGGAGCCUAAGGAUGCCCCCAGGGACCUCCUCCGGGGACCCCAGCCGAGGGCCAAGCAGUUGGCUUUAACCCGACUCUGGCAUCUUUUAAGAAGUGCCAGUUCUCGGCCAGGGCAAGGCCUCAAUGCCAGCCUGCGAGGAUCACUGUGGAGUGCAGCUAGUUUACCCUUUUGCCACUGGCUACAACACCUUUUUUAUAUCUGGCGCCUUGUCAGGCACUGGGAAUUCGUAAGACAUUGUUCUAAUUUUCAGGGUCAAGUUUGGGAACCAGCUAAAAACAAAUGAGUGCUCCUGCGAUGUCUGCCAAAAUGUCUGAAAGAUCAGAUCUCCUUCACUUCAAGUUUGAAAAUUAUGGAGAUUCAAUGUUACAAAAAAUGAACAAAUUAAGAGAAGAGAAUAAAUUUUGUGAUGUUACAGUUCUCAUAGAUGAUAUUGAGGUACAGGGGCAUAAAAUUGUGUUUGCUGCAGGUUCCCCCUUCUUAAGAGACCAGUUUUUACUGAACGAUUCGAGAGAGGUGAAAAUCUCCAUAUUGCAGAGUUCUGAAGUGGGGAGACAAUUGCUCUUAUCGUGCUAUAGUGGUGUGCUGGAAUUCCCCGAGAUGGAACUGGUCAAUUACUUGACCGCUGCGAGUUUUCUUCAGAUGAGUCACAUUGUAGAACGGUGCACGCAGGCCUUGUGGAAGUUUAUAAAGCCAAAACAGCCAAUGGAAAGUAAAGAGGGAUGUGAACCACAGAGUGCUUCUCCCCAGUCGAAAGAACAUCAGGGAGAUGCCAGAGGCUCCCCAAAGCAGGACUCACCUUGUAUUCACCCAUCUGAAGACAGUAUGGAUAUAGAGGACAGUGAUAUUCAGAUCGUUAAGGUAGAAUCUAUUGGGGAUGUAUCAGAGGUUAGAAGUAAAAAAGAUCAGAACCAGUUUAUUUCUUCUGAACCCACUGCUUUACAUUCAUCCGAGCCCCAGCACUCUCUGAUAAAUUCAACUGUGGAAAACAGAGUAAGUGAAAUAGAGCAAAACCAUCUCCACAAUUAUGCCCUCUCUUACACAGGCAGUGAUAACAUCAUCAUGGCCGCGAAAGAUGUCUUUGGGCCUAAUAUUCGAGGUGUAGACAAAGGCCUGCAGUGGCAUCACCAGUGCCCAAAGUGUACCAGGGUGUUUCGUCACCUGGAGAACUACGCCAACCAUUUAAAAAUGCACAAACUCUUUAUGUGUCUACUCUGCGGCAAGACUUUUACUCAGAAAGGCAACCUUCAUCGACACAUGCGUGUGCAUGCCGGCAUUAAACCUUUCCAGUGUAAAAUCUGUGGGAAAACCUUUUCUCAGAAGUGUUCCUUACAGGAUCAUCUUAACCUUCACAGUGGAGAUAAGCCCCAUAAGUGUAACUAUUGUGACAUGGUUUUUGCACAUAAGCCAGUUUUGAGGAAGCACCUUAAACAGCUGCAUGGCAAAAACAGCUUUGAUAAUGCCAAUGAAAGAAAUGUGCAAGACCUCACUGUGGACUUUGAUUCUUUUGCGUGUACAACAGUCACAGACUCUAAAGGGUGUCAGCCACAGCCUGAUGCGACACAGGUCCUGGAUGCCGGUAAACUGGCCCAAGCUGUCCUGAACUUAAGGAACGAUAGCACUUGCGUGAAUUAAACAGGGCCUUUGUGCUCCUAACUAGAACUGACUACAAACAUGGCAAUAGUCCGAGUCUUUUUAGGAGUCAUUUCACCAAUUUGACUUCUCCAGAUCCUCUGUGCAGGUCGUAGGGGUGAGUCAAAGCACUAACAGACCAGGCAACUUGCCACUUGGAGUGGUCUUGCCUGCCUUUUGCCCUUUCCUAUGUUCUGUUUUGAAUUAUUUAUCCUGUGAUGUCUGUUUUCCUUUCCCAAGGAGUACUCCAUUUGUCUACCUAACAUCAACUUAUGUCUUAGACUGACACUUAUUUUAGACUUUCCACUGGGCACAUUCUGAAGGUACCAAGAAAUUAAUAACAUCACCUCCACUCCAUCAAUAGAUGCUAUAUUAAGGGAAGCAAAUAAUCUUUUUCUUUGGUAGGAAAUAAGCUGAGAUAUAAGGUGAUAUUGCUAUCAGCCUGAAUAUGUGAUAGAACUUCUAGUUCUAUCAGAACCACUGAUAAUUCAUCCAUGUCUGAUAAAUGAAUGAAUCUACUUAUCCUGGAGCUGGCUAUAAAGAAGUAUUUUAGAUUAUUCUGUACUCUUUUCAACAGUUUAUGGCCCAGCUUCAUGUGAUUGAAGUUGACAUAGACCAGAGUACAGUAUUUCCAUCAAUACCUGCAAACAGGAAUCAUCAUUGGGGAGCAUAACCAACAAAGGGUAGUAGUUGUACAACAGUACUUAUUUGGGAGGUCUUCCCCCGAAAGAAGUCAAAUGCUUAUAAUUAUUCUGUAGCUUACUUGGUGAUGCUUUUGGAAUCAGGAUUGCUCCAGGUACACUUAAAGUGUGCUAACAUAUAAUGGUCUCUCUUUAAAAGGGGCUAUCUGGAGUCAGUCUCUAGACUUUGUUGUAGAAGUUCGUUAUUGCUAAGGUGAGUUUGGCCUUCAGUUUUGUCCAGCAUAUUAAUAGUCUUUGAAUUCUCAUUUCCUUGUGUACCUUAAUUUCUAACGUGGAUGAAAAAAGUGGGUCACAGAAGGAGCAGUCAGAUUUUUGCAUUUAGAUGUUCCUAUAAUGUUACACAGUCCCACCUCAUCCCCUUUGACAGAUCAAAUACAAAGUUGAUUUUCCGUUAUGGAAAAACAAAACAACUGUUUUUCCUAAGCACAUGUUCAGAAAUAAAAUUUUGAGUCUUACUUGUUUCUGAACCAUGAGUUAGAUUUAGAUAAUAGGAGUGUUAGAGUCCAUAGAGACUCUUAAGAAAUCAUUUAGCCUGCCUCUUGUUUUUUAAGUUGGGGUAUCCAAAGCCCAAAGAGGUAGCCUGGCCAAGGUGGCCAAAGUAGACUGAGUAGGCUAAAUAUGAGCUAAGGUCUCCUCACUUCUCACUGUCCCUUGGCUUAAAAAGAUUUAGUACAUGAUCAAGAACACUUCAGCAAAAAGUUCCUAGUUUGCGCUUCCCCUCUGUGCAUCCUUGUGUGCUUUCUAAGACAGCCUCAAUUUUGCAAACAGAACAGUCAUAAAGGAUUUAUUUUUGUAAGGUAAUUAUUUUUUGGUUAGGAUGAAUAUUACAUUCUUCCUAAGCAAGCAACUGAUCUGCUGGGUGUUGAUUAGGAACAGAAAGGACAAGUAACAGUGUGAGAAGGAUCCAAAUGUGAAACUAAUUUUGUCUGGAAACAGUGUUUAGUUUCCAUCAGGAUUUCCUGAUUUUUGUUUCUGAGCUGUGAGAGUCCCAUGUAUAGAUGAACCAAAAAUUAAUUUUAACUUGAGUCCUGCUAAGUCGCCUCAGUCGUGUCCGACUCUGUGCGACCCCAUAGACGGCAGCCCACCAGGCUCGCCCAUCCCUGGGAUUCUCCAGGCAAGAAUACUGGAGUGGGUUGCCAUUUCCUUCUCCAAUUUAACUUGAGUAGUCAGAGGGUAUUCUUAAAGUUGUUAUAAUUUGAUGCAUUUACAUGUGAAUCUGAUUUGAAGUAUAAUUUCUACCAUUUGUUAAAAGGUUUUAAAUGAGAAUAAAAUGGAGUGGUAAGACUAAUAGGUAUCUUAUGCCUAAUGUCACUCAUUAUAUGAUCUAAUGAUGCUACCUAGCAUUCUGGUUUUUAUAUGAUCCAGCCAAAGAGUACCAAUUCUAUGCAACAGUGAGACACUAAUAUGUUAACUGCUGUUUCACUCUUUUCUCUAAACAUCAUUUUAUCACAGGGAACUUUCAAGUUGGGGUGCUUGCUUUGCGUAAAUUCAUGUCUUGUUAGUGGUUUGAAGACUAAAAGGCAUAGCUGCAAAUAAAAUUGGUCUCUUUGGUUGGAGACUAUUUCCGGAUUCAUUCAGGCAUUCAGGAGACAUUUAUUGAACACAUAUUAUUGUUAGGCACUAUGCUAGAUACUGAGAAUUUGAAGAUAAGAUUGUUAUGGUCUCUGCCCUCACAGAGCUUACAGUCUCAUGUAGUCUUAGUGAGAUAGGGUAUCAAUUUGGUUUUAUCCUAGGAAUAAGAAAACUGCCUUGCUUUCUUUGAUCACUUAAAAUCAGCCUCUUGAUGGUUUUGAAUGAGUAAAACUUGUAGUUCUCACCUUUUUCAAUUGCAGACCACUCAAGUGGUUUACAGUCUCCCCCAUUUCUUGGCUGGAGAGGUGUUCUGUUUCUGUGAGACAUUUUCUUAAUUUUGGUGGUACUUGACUUUUUGUUUAUACAUGUUUCUUAGAUUAUAUGCAAAGUGAUCAAUUUACUGAUAUCAAAUAUGUUUUACAGAGGAAGAUGACUUUCAAAACUAGUUGUAUUCUUGUAGUGGAGGAAGAUUUUUUAAAACCGUAGACAUUCAGCAUUUGUAUUUUAUGGAUCCCCAGGAUAACUAAAAAUGAGAGGGUUCUGUUUUCUGUAGUUUGGUUUUUUAAAAAAUCACCAUGUCACAGUUAUUUAUUUAUUAUUUAAUUUUAAAGGCAAACUCCAAACUGAAGUGGCUCUGAGGUAAAUCAGAUGUGGUUUUAAUUUGUUUUAGUUUAUUAGAAGAUCUAUAAAUGGAGGGUGAUCACCAUCACUACUUCUAAAAUAAUGUCCUAAACAAACAACCCAGAACAUUUUAUUUCAGCUGGUGAAUAGCUGUUCUAAAUCUGUUGUAUGUUAGACAUACUGUGAACUACCUCUUCACUUAUUAUGGGGAAGUUUCCUUAAUAAAAGUGUGACAAUUUAAA